UCCCAUGCGAUUAUCUAUUAUUUACAAACACGAUUGGCACUGUCGAAUCUGGAAAGUUGGGAGGAGCACCUCGAUCCAGCACCCAGGAUCGGCUUAGCAAUCUGUGUCAGAGAUCAUAUUCGCUUGAAAAUACUGGGCCAGGUGACUCGGCUGAGUUAGGGCAAAGAGAAACGCAGUAGCUGUACCAACGAUGGUGGUGCCGUUGGUUACCUUGCUCCUUGUUGCUUUUAUUCCAAACGGGCUGUUAGCCUUGCCAUCCACUGUGCCUGCAUUCCUGUGGUCGCCCCAUCAGGACUUGGUUCAAAACAAUGGGCUAGAGGGGACUGUAAAUUAUCAAAUUAUUUCUCCAAAAGAUCUAGCAAAUUCUGUUAUGUCACAAGCAGGCUGGUCAAAUUUACUGUGCAAAGGAAAGGAAAUGCAGAAACCUCUGGAUUUGGCACUUCUUUUUGUUGGGAAAGCGCUGCAAUCUUCAGAUUUAAGCUUCAACAAACAUGCAGAUCCAUCUCUUUUAGAAUUACUGAAGAGUUCUUUCACAAAGUCCAACUUUUCCAUGGCAUUCCCUUAUGUCUCAGCAUCAGAGGAGGAGAAAUUGGAAAAUUCGUUGGUCUUAGGAUUUUCUAAAGCAUGUGGAGAUGAUUUGGAAAUUGAUGAUGUUAUUUUCCUUGGAUCUUGUUCCUUGGAAGAUGCAAAUCAUAGAGAAAAUGCUGCUGUGCAUUCAAUUCAAGAUUUUCUGACGAAGAGGAUGGAAGAUAGUCACAAAGGGGCAACAGAUUUGGUUGUCUUUUGUAAUGGAGAUUCUUUACCUUCAGAAAAUGUUGACAAUGCACAGUCUGAAGGCAAAAUCGUAUCUGAGUUUCUCAGUUCUGUGGAGAAGUCUGGAGCAAAAUACUCAGUACUCUAUGUGUCAGACCCGUCCAGGUCAAUCCAGUAUCCUUACAGGGAACUACAAAGAUUUCUUGCAGAAAGCACCUCAGUGAAUAAUGCAUCAAAUGUUACAAUCUGUGAUGAAGUCUGCCAGAUUAAAUCAUCGCUUCUGGAGGGACUGUUUGUGGGGAUAGUUUUGCUCAUAAUUUUGAUAUCUGGUCUUUGCUGUAUGAUGGGAAUUGACACACCAACAAGAUUUGAGACGCCACAGGAGUCAUGAUCUGCUCUCUGUUCAAGGUGAUAAUGGUUGCGAACUUGGCUCUGCUGGGGUACUGUUUUAAUAUUAUAUUAGAUCUUCCUGUUAGAGUGGUCUGGUUUAAGUUUCAAUCUUGUGUCAUUAUUGAUUUAUACCUGGGAUUCUGUUAUGUGGUUAAAUAAUCAAAUAAUUUGCAUCCGGUAUAUAGAAUCCAAUCUAGGUUUCAGUUAUGAACAUGUACUGCGGGUUAUGAACUUUUUGUAGCAAGAAGAAAUUUGAAACGCAUUUUGAUAGUUCAAUUUAAUUUACCAAAUUGAGCUUGUG